AUGGAGAUUGAAGUGGAGGGUGAGAUUGGAAGGAAUGUGGAAGAUGAUAAGAAGAAAAUGAUGGACUUGAGGCAAAGUAUGGAUAACACUAUGCACAGCAAUACAGCCAAGCGAACAGGAAAUAUAGAAGAUGGGGGAAUGUUAACAGCAGCAGCCGAGUUUCUACUGAAUGAAAACCGAAGUAUUCCGGAUGUAGAAACUGAUUGCCAAUCUAUAAAUCGCAGUCAAAGGAGCCAAGAAAUAACGAAGUUUGAGAACCAAAGAGCCUUUCCGACACGAAGAUCAACUAUUGGAGGAUAUAGGCAUGCGUCUAUUGUAAUUGAAGAAGGACUAGAAAGUAAUAGAAAGAAAUGCGAAAUUUCUAACGUUAGGUGUGUGGUUAGCCAGGUGAAGAAGCGAUGGAAGAAUUUAUGGGGAAAGUUGAAGAAAUUGUAA